CCGGUUACGGUGUCUGCUGCAGGGAGAUGGCGGGUAUUUUGGCGUGGUUUUGGAACGAGAGGUUCUGGCUCCCCCACAAUGUAACCUGGGCUGAUUUAAAAAACACAGAUGAAGCAACGUUCCCGCAAGCCGAGGAUCUGUAUCUGGCUUGUCCUUUAGCAUUCUGCAUCUUUAUGAUUCGGCUGGUUUUUGAAAGGUUUAUUGCAAGACCAUGUGCCAUGGGCCUGAAGAUCCAAACCAACGGGCCACAGAAAGCACAACCCAACGCUAUACUGGAGAAGGUUUUCACUGCUAUAACCAAGCAUCCAGACGAGAAAAGGUUGGAGGGUCUGUCCAAACAGCUCGACUGGGAUGUGCGGACCAUCCAGCGCUGGUUCAGACAACGCCGAAACCAGGAGAAGCCCAGCACCCUCGCACGAUUCUGUGAAAGCAUGUGGAGAUUUACAUUCUAUCUAUACAUAUUUACUUAUGGAGUGCGUUUCCUUAAAAAGACUACAUGGCUUUGGAACACUAAAGAGUGCUGGUACAACUACCCUUACCAGCCACUGACUGUGGACAUCCAUUAUUAUUAUAUACUGGAGCUGUCUUUCUACCUGUCCUUAUUCUUUUCACAAUUCACAGACAUCAGGAGGAAGGAUUUCCUGAUCAUGUUCCUGCACCAUGUUGCAACAAUCUCCCUCAUCACCUUUUCCUACGUGAACAACAUGGCCCGAGUGGGAGCGCUGGUCAUGUGUCUCCACGAUGCAGCCGACGUGCUAAUAGAGGCUGCCAAAAUGGCAAACUAUGCCAAAUGUCAGAUACUGUGCAACCUCUUGUUUGCAAUGUUUGCAAUUAUCUUCAUAAGCUCCAGACUGGCAGUGUAUCCUGUUUGGAUUUUAAAUACCACCUUGUUCGAGAGUUGGGAGAUUGUAGGGCCCUACCCGUCAUGGUGGGUCUUCAACCUGCUUCUGAUCUCGCUGCAGUUGCUUCACUCCUUCUGGUCCUACCUCAUAGUGAAGACAGCGUGUCGAGCCAUCUCCAAAGGGAAGGUGGGAAAAUGGAAUCCGUUGCAUGUGUCUAAAGACGACCGCAGCGACAUCGAGUCCAGCUCUGAUGAGGAGGAAACUCCCCCAGCCAAUCACAAACAACACAGCAGCAGCGGCACCGCCAACGGGACCAACAAAAAUCACGGGACCAACGGCUACCUGACAGGGGCCACAUAUCCCGACGAACACUGACCAA